AUGGCAGCGUCUUGUGUGAUGCCUUCUUAGGAGCUAGAGGUAGUUGAUGCCUUCUUAGGAGCUAGAGUCUUGUGUGAUGCCUUCUUAGGGAACUGUUCAUCCGCUUCCGAAAUCAGAGCCUGUACAGGUUCUACUAUUUUGACCUCAACUGCAGGUGAAUCAUCUGGAGAUAUUUUCGUUGCUGGCGACCUAGCGUCAUAUCCUGACAUCCGGACAGGAAAGACAAGCCGCGCUGAGCACUGGAAUGUACUCACUGUUUCUGUGUCGACAUAUAUUUCUGUUAAGACUAGUUGUGCCAUCAAAUACAUAGCUGGUCCGACCGUCGUAAGUACUUUUACUUACGUGACUGAACAAUGUCGCAUUUGCACUCGACCAACUAUUACUAGGCUAGCAGAGUCGUGAAGAACUUGAACAUCUUCAACAUGCUCAUGACUUGCACUUCAACUGAAGUUCUUUAAAAAGGUCUUUGAGCAUGCUGCUCCUCAUCACCAUCACCAUCAUAAAUCUCCAGGUCACCAUCACCAUCAUAAAUCUCCAGGCUGCCGUAUCGCAAGGGGAGACCGCCGCUUUGAAUAUUUUGGGCAGGCAUAAGGUAUUUCGACGUGACCAGACGAAUUCCACAGUGCGAACAGAGUUGUUCGGAAAGCGUAUGGAAUUUGUGGGCACUGUUGACACUUUGCAACACGCGGUGGUCGAAGGUGAUGUGGAUGGCAUGAAUUUUGUGGUACUUUGAUGUUUGUUUUAUCGUUACCUCAAGAAGUAGAGCAUGCUGUUAUUUGAUGCACCAGGUUGGUAGCGGCCUUCAAUCAGACAUGAUAAGGUAGCCCCCUUUAAUCAUGAUAAUUCAACGCUUGCCAUUUAUGCAGUAUGUACUUUCAUCCAAGACCACGUCUUUACCUUCAUUUAUUGGGUUUAAUGAUAUCUUCCGUCUUCGUACUUUCACGUACUAUUUGCUCAUUCUUACCACGUAGGACACUGGUGUUCAAAUUCACUCUUCACAUGAUCAGGUGUAUUACGUGAACCAGAGAGAUGAGAUUACUGGCGUUUUGAACCUCGGGAAACCAGAGGUAACGGCAGCAACAACCCGCUUGAUGGAAGUGUCAAAAAUGCCGAAGGCAUCAGAAGUGAUCAUAGGAUUGGUCAACGCAGAAAGUCUGGUGGCACGAAGCCAAAUGGUCUGAUGAAAUAUCUUCGAGUUUGAGAUGCAUGAUCGGAUCAUGGUCAAUCAGAAAGAACCGUUUUUCUUCUACUAAAAAAAAAGCAGAAAACUUUUGAAAAAGCAGAAAACGUCUUCGAAAAGCAGUACCAAACGCAAGUAACGUGCAACAAAUCCUCAGUCACAAACACACUGGAGCCCGCUUCUUUUUGUUUCGUCGGACGAAAAGUAGACUUCUUUUCUUGCUCAAAUAGGAACCACACUGAUUUCGUUUGUAGUACUAAGUAGAUGAAAGGCCAUCUGUGUAGUUGCUGGCCAGAUUUCUGCUCACCUCGACACGCGAGGAUAUGCAUGAAGAUACAGCCGUUUCGGUCAGUCUAGAAGUCCCAUAUGUAGUGCAUCAAUGGAGUCGGCACAACUCGUGGGAUGACUCAUGGUGCCCUUCAUAUCAGUCAACGUGGUUCUACUCGAACCCGAAUCGUCCCAGCCGAGCAUUGUUGGUGUUGCAUUGUCCGACUAGCAUUGUGGGUGUACUAUCUUCUGGACUUUUAUUUUCACAUCAUGUCGUCAUUCAGAUUCACAUCUUCACAACACGAUCAAGGCAUGAUAUAAUUACAAACUCCUGGUGCUCCACUCCUGCUCCUGGC